AUGGAGACUAGACGCAUGGUUUUAGGAUUGUAUAAGCAAUUAUUGCGUGAAAGUGCGAAAUUCCCAGCUUACAAUUACAGGCUGUAUGCACUGAGGAGGACCAAGGAUGCUUUCAAAGACAAUAAGAUGGAGACAAACCCAGAAAAAAUACAGGAACUUAUUGGGAAAGCUCAGAAAAAUUUAGAAAUAAUUAAAAGACAGGUUACCAUUGAAAGACUGUACACAGAUACGAAACUUGUGAUAGAAAAGCCGAAACCUUCCAGUCAUGGUUCUCAGAGCUGACAGUGCCAUCUAGUGGUGACCUUUGACAUGUACUUGUGGCCAGUAUGAUUGUACAGCAGAGCAGCGACGGCAACAGUUGGGGGGGGGAUGACAUCUUCCAGAAUGUGACUGAAAUACUCCCAAAAACUGAUAAGAAAUCUUUGAAAAUAAUUUAUCAGACAGAGGAGUCUGUACAAACUCUACAGGAAGGUGUAUAAAUAUCUCGCAGCUAUUUAAUGGUCUCAGUGCUUUUGAGACCUUGUAAAAAAUAGU